AUGCAUCUUCCCCAAGAUAAUCCAACAUCACCAUACUGGCUUUCAGAAGGGUCGUCGCUCUCCAAGCAUCGGACCACUGAAGAACUACCUUCCGAAGCCGACGUUGUCAUCGUCGGUUCAGGGUACUCAGGAGCCACCGCCGCGUAUCAUCUACUCGAAAAGGAUGACAGCAAGCGUCCAUCAGUGGUCAUCCUUGAGGCUCGCGAUACGUGUUCCGGAGCAACUGGACGGAAUGGGGGACAUCUCAAGGCCGACGUCUACUAUGGUGCUGCGGUCAAUGAGCGGUUAUAUGGUAUCCAAGUUGCAGAGCAGCUGUCCAAAUUCGAGGUGGACCAGAUCUUCAGCGUGAAGCGACUUGUGGAGAAGGAGAAGAUCGAUUGCGACUUCGAAUUGACGCGUGGCAUCGAUGUGUUCCUCGAGCAGGCCAGGCUGGACGAGGCUGUGGCCUCUUUCACGGACCUUAAAGCACGAGGAUUUCAGUUUCCCGACGACUUACACUUCAUCCAGGACCCCAAGAAGGCCGAGCAGAUCUCUGGUGUCAAGGGCGCGCUGGGCGCAUUCUCGGCCACGGCCGGGUCAGUGUGGCCCUACAAACUAGUUACACAUCUCCUGCAUCGCUGCUUAGAACGAGGAGCGAACCUGCAGACAUACACGCCCGUCCUGUCAGUCUCAAAUGCAGACGACGGUCGCUGGACCCUCGAAACCCCGCGCGGCAAAAUCACCGCGAAGAAAGUCAUCGUCGCGACCAACGGCUACAACCUCCUUCCCGAGCUCGCCGACAAGAUCACCCCCGCGAAGGGCGUCGCAUGCCGGAUCGCAAUACCGCCCGACUCUGCCAAACCAGCUCCCCAUCUCAACAACUCAUACUCGAUCCGCUACGGGCUCGGCGAAUACGACUACCUGAUCGCCCGCACCGACGGCAGUAUCAUCGUCGGCGGCGCCAAGCAAGCCGUCCUCAAACAAGAGUCCUACUGGCACAACAACGCCGACGACUCGAGUCUGGUCCCCGGCGCGGAGAAGUAUUUCGACAACUACAUGCAGCGCACGUUCCACGGAUGGGAGGACUCGGGCGCCCGCGUCACAGACAUCUGGACCGGCGUCAUGGGCUAUUCGGCCGAUCUGUUACCUUGGGUUGGCGAGAUGCCUGGAAAGCCGGGUCUGUUUGUCACAGCGGGAUUCACGGGUCAUGGCAUGCCAAGGGUGUUGGGCUGUUCGGAGGCUGUUGCGGCGUUGGUGCGUGGCGAUGUCGCUUCGCUGCACGAGACGAGUGUUCCGCAGCCUUAUUGGAUUACGGAGGAUAGAUUGAAUGUUCAGAAGAGCGUCGUGAAGGACUACAUGGCUGGCUCUCGCAAGCUGUGA